GCCCUCCUGGCAAUGGUCCUCCUCGCAAUGGUCCUCCUCGCAAUGGUCCUCCUGGUAAUGGCCCUCCUGAUAACGGCGGCCCUCCUGGCAAUGGUCCUCCUCGCAAUGGUCCUCCUGGCAAUGGUCCUCCUGGCAAUGGUGGUCAUGAACUCCCAGAGUAUUUCGAGCCAGAGGUUACUCAAGAUUAUGUCUUGAGAGAUGUACAUGUGUUGCCCAAUCGGCCUGCUGGUCAACAUGCAACAAGGCACACACACUUGACAUCCCACGAGAAGCUCAUGCUCUUCUUGGUCUUUCAACGACUUCGAGACACAGCAGAGCCCCGUUAUCAGCUGACUGUGGGUGACUGGCAGGGUUUCCUUAACGCGCUUUUCGACAAUUGGAACUCCCGCUUUGAUCCCCCUGCCAACCCGGAACUUCCUACCCGCCUGAGGAAACAAACUCAGUUGGAGGUGGGUACACUCAAGCAGGACCAUCCUCCUUCGAUCGCAAGGCAACGAUCCGGCGAUCUUGGAGUGGGCGAUAUGCGCAAAAAAGCCGAGAAGGUCUCCCUUGGUUUGUCACUCAACUACGAAACCGGUUCAGUCCUGUGGACGUGGUCCGACUCGAACAAGCAAGGCGUCAGCCACCAGUACGUGACUCUGGACCCUGGCAAUACUGAGGUCAGCAUCCGUCAGGAUCUUAUCCGGCAAUAUGAUUUUUGGGAGCGUCAACGUAUCAAACAGUACAAUAAAGAUCUUCUUGUGUCCUGUUGCCGCCGAAUCAUCAAGCGAUGGGUCCAUGAGGGCACUGAGCGCAUUGGUCUCCUGAACCGCGACGAAGAGCCCCAACUGGAGACACUGGUGCUUGCUUGUGACAUUGUGCGUUCCGAUGCUGCCCGACUGACAGAGGUCUCGCGACUGGUUGAUAGUCUUGCGCUUGGUAAUGGAAGUGUGUGGUAGUCCCGAGCGCGUCAAUCAGUACCGUUCUAUUCUAGUUGAGCUUCCGUUUAGGGCUGCGAUGGGAAGGGGUCAAUGAGUGCAACAGGUCAUGUAGACGGGAGUGAUACCACAAGAUGAUAUCUAUAAAUGUUCAUCCCCUAUCGGGAAGUUAGCCUAGAUCAAUGAACCCUGUACAAAACUUGAUGAGCUCUCUGGAC